AUGGCACCCCGUACAUCGCUUAAGACACUCGCGUAUAGACGCCGGAGAGCCGAUGGUGACGAAGAUGAAGAAUCUGUUACUGGUGUCGACGAUUCAGAGAGCGAAGCCUCAGUAGCCAGUGACCUGGACAAUGCGAUCGAUGCAUUAGAUGCGGACGCCGAUGCCAGCGAGUCUAGCGAAAAUGAGAGUACGGCUCCGGCGCCACACAGUUCGACCGUGACUCAAUCCGAUGGCAAGACUGGCCGUACACGUUCGAAGAAAUCCAAAGGCACAAGAACAGACAAGGCAGUUUUGGAUACCAAUGGCGAGGAGCAUGUCAAACAGGAAUCUGUCACUGGAGAAUCUGUUGCGACCGACGUUUCGGCCAACGCUGCCGGCGCACCCAUUGUCUCAUCCGAAGGUGGUCCAGCAAGAAGAGGGGAGACGGUAGCAGAUCGCCGAAGGCGAGAACACGACGACUAUAGGAAGAAGCGAGACACAGACCCGACCUUCAUUCCCAACAGAGGCAACUUCUUCAUGCAUGACGCUCGUACAUCGGACCAGCGAGGCUUCGGUGCUUACGGCCGUGGCAGAGGAAGAGGGAGAGGCAUUCCCCAGGCUCCCAGCAAUUACGUGCAACCAGCUGAGCGGACAGCUGAUGCGCCAUGGACGCAUGAUCUUCACGAUACGAUCAAUGAACGGGGUGGUCCACCUACCCGCCAACGACCAUCACAAGGCCUCACCAACCACCAAGAAAGCGCCUCUCGAGGCGUGCCUGCGGUUCAACAAAAACCGCUGAACUUUUCCAAGACCACUCAAAUUGGCAGUGUGCAGAUCCGUGUCUGGUUACCUGGCAUGACCGCUGCUAUCCCUUUUGCUGCUGUGCCAGUCAAGUCACACACUCGACUGCCCGACCACAGACCUCCCCUUCGUCGUGACAAGCCUGUCCGCGUAUCUUUACCUGAUCACCCUGUGCGCUAUGUUUUCCCAGCCGCUGAGCGUUCUUUCAUCUUUAUUCCGAGAGCAUUGAGGCCUAACCAACAAGGGUUUGGCAAGGCGAGAGGUAGUUUUGGUGCAUACGGAGCUCCGUCAAGCAGACGUCCUAGUCUCUAUGGUGGUAGCGUGUACUCACAAGCCAUGUCCAUGAGUCGCAGGUCCUCAUUAGCUCGCGAAGUGCCUAGAGACACGGCGUUUUCUCCUACCGGCUCUUACACUACUAGAGCACCUACCGGGCCUGGUCGACCAUUCGUACGCUUGCCUCAAGCUGGGUCUCAUCGAUCGUCGAAUCCGUCGCCUGCCGGGUCUGCCUACAGUCGUUCGUACCCUCAUUCUUAUCCUCGACCCCAGACGCCGGCCGUCGAACACUGGGCCGAGCCAGACACUGUACAUCAACCUCGCCCACAGAAAACCAUUUCCAUGACUGGCAUUGAGUCACCUGCAGGGCUUGCUCUUCAUGCUCCCCAGCAGCAGGAGCAACAACCGUUCCAUAAUCAGCUGCCUCAGCACAUUGCAGAAGGUAGCAUCAGCACAUUGUCGGCUUCUUCUGAUAUGGCACCUCCCCCGCCCGGCCCAUCAGCAUACAUGUACCCUGGCGGCACACCACUUUCCAACAUUCCAGAGAGGGCUAUUCAUGCACAGCCGUUCCAGCCCCCUGUACCCAACUACUAUUCAUCAUUCGCUCCCACUGGAUACUACUAUCCAGGCCAACCCACGCAAUACGGUGCCAUGCCACCCUAUGCCCCACCCACAGCGCAAGCAAGCUACGCACCUCCUGAAACGUCCAUGGCAAGCGAUCCUCAACAGGGAACCAUGGCGCAUGAGAGUAAUGGCAUGGUCUACUAUACGCAGAUGCCCCAAUACACAUCUCAGGAUAGUUAUCUACAGCCACAGAGCUAUGCCGUCCAUGGCAUGGGUGGCAUGAUGACACCAACUCAAUGA